CGAGGAGUGAUGCCACCCUGGGAGGGGCCCAGCCUCGAAGGGCUCCAGCUCCAGCCCCUCCCUCGAUAAAAGGAGGGUGGUACGGGAAGGCGGGGCACGCCGCAGGAGGACAGGACCCCCCCACCCCCCAACCGCUUCUCCGCAGUGCCUGCGCACGCUCACUCGGCCGCCGGCGGGCGGGGCCGUGACGUCACCACGCCCCCCCCCCCGGCCGAGGGGCGGCGGCCGAGGAUUGACCGCGGAGCUGAGGGUCGAGGGACUGAGGCCCGAGGGACGGCGUCCAGGCCAUGCCCGGGGAGGCUGCCCGCGCCGAGCUGCCGCUGCCCGAGGCGGGCGGAACCGGGCCGCGCACAGAUCUGGCCUGUGAUGCACCUGCUGCCACCAUCCUGGGAGGGGACCGGCAGGAGCCCUGUGCCCUGACCCCAGGGCCCAGCCCCCUGGCCCUCACGUUCCUGCCCAGCAAGCCAGGUGCCCGGCCCCAGCCCGAGGGAGCCAGCUGGGAUGCAGGACCUGGUGGGGCCCCCUCGGCCUGGGCAGACCCAGCAGAGGGGAGCCCCGGCCCCGCACUCCUCCCUGAGGACCCACACCCCCAGGCUCUGCCCACCGCCCUGGAGCCCCGGAUUGUGAUGGGCGAGGAGACAUGCCAGGUGCUGCCAUCACCCAGGGCAGCCCUGCCUGUGCUCAGGGAACAGGAGCCCCGCUCUCAGGAUGACCCUCCUGUGCCUUCCCCAUCCCCAGAAACUGACCCCUACUUCACCCCUCCCUCUACCCCCACCAAGGCCACCUACGGCCUGCUUCUUGGCCAUGGGCUGCACAGGAAUGCAUGGCACCCUGAGGCUGAGCCGCUGGAGGAGCUACUGGACUCGCUGCCUUCCUCGCCCUCAGGCUCCUACGUUACAGCCGAUGGGGACAGCCAGGCCUCAUCACCCUCCUGUUCCCUCAGCCUGCUGGCCCCUGCCGAAAGGCUGGACUUCGCCUCAGCCUGGGGCCUCUCCCAGCCAGAGUCAGAGGCUGAGGGAUGGGAGCAGCACCCUGCCAAGCCUCUGUCCUCCGAGUCCAGCCUGUCAGGGGACAGCGGGUCUUCCUGGAGCCAGGAGGGCCACUUCUUUGACUUGGACUUCCUGGCCAAUGACCCAAUGAUCCCUGCAUCCCUCCUGCCCUUUCAGGGGAGCCUCAUCUUCCAAGUGGAGUCAAUGGAGGUGAUGCCGCUGUUCCCUGAGGAGGAGGAGGAAGAGGAGGUGUCACCUGACCCCCUGGGCCCAGAUGGGGAAGCAGCCGGAGAGGACGAGGAGGACAGCACUUCGGCCUCCUUCCUGCAGUCACUGUCCGACCUGUCUAUCACCGAGGGUAUGGACGAGGCCUUUGCCUUCCGGGAUGACACCUCGCCAGGCUCCUCAGACUCAGACUCAGCAUCCUAUGCAGGAGCUGACGACGACCAGCUGUACAGUGGGGAGCCCCAUGCCCAGCCCAGCACGCUGCUGCAGGAUGCUGGCCAGAAGGCGGAGCAGGAGUGUGCAGGGCGUGCUGCAUUCUGGAAUGCAGAAGCCAGGGGGACAUCACCCACCCCUCAGGUCCUAGAAGAAGCCCCUCUCAGCCAGAGCCCGGAAUCAGUCACAGGAAUCUCGGAAGAGAGCCUUGCUUCCAACCAGGAGUCUGCGGCUGCUGUGACCCCUCACACUGGGCAGGCAGUCACUGGGGUGACCCCUCAGGUGGGAGCCAAAGAAGCUGACUCUGUGGCUGGAGGAACACCUGUCACCCGGGCGUCAGCUCAGCCCUCCCAGGACAGGAGGGGCACUGCCUUCAGCUGGCCGCCUGAUGCUGCAGAGGCAAAGCCAGCUCUGCAGGAAGCAGCAGGCGCCACUGUGUCCCCAGACCCUCCUGAGCUCACGGAGGCCCAGGGGCACAGAGGCGGCCUAGGUACCCCCACAGCCCUGGAGUCUGUGGUUGUGGCCAUGCUGGAGCCCCUGCAGGCUGGAGGUGGCAUCCCAUUACCCCAGAACUCUCCUGUGACAGACCUUCCUCCCCUGAUGAAUGAAGAUCCCAUCUCAGGCCUGGAGUCCGUGGCUGUGGCCAUGGUGAGGCCUCUGCAGGUUGAAGGGGCCGUCCCAUUGCCCCAGGACUUUCCUGAGCCUGCACUUCCACCCCUGCUGGAUAAAAAUCCCACCUCAGGCCCAGAGUGUGCGGCUGUAGCCAUGCUAGAGUCUCAGGAGGCUGAAGGGGGCGUCCUGUUACCCCAGGACGUUCCCAAGCCUGCACUUCCACCCCUGCUGGAUAAAGAUCCCAUCAUAGGCCUAGAGUCUGUGGCUGCAGCCAUUUUGGAGUCUCAGGAGGCUGAAGGGGGUGUCUUGUUACCCCAGGGCUCUUCUCAGUCUGCACUUCCACGCCUGUUGGAUAAAAAUCCCACCUCAGGCCCAGAGUGUGCAGCUGUAGCCAUGCUAGAGUCUCAGGAGGCUGAAGGGGCCGUCCUGUUACCCCAGGACUCUCCUGAGACAGAGCUCCCGCCCCUGUUGGAUAAAGAUCCCACCUCGGGACAGGAGUCCAUGGCUGUGGCCAUGGUGAGGCCCCUGCAGGUUGAAGGUGGUGUACCCUUACCCCAGGACGCUCCUGAGCCUGCACUUCCACUCCUGCUGGAUAAAGAUCCCACCGUGGGACAGGAGUGUGUGGCUGCAGCCAUGCUGGAAUCCCAGAAGGCGGAAAGUGGUAUCUCAUUACUCCAGGACACUCCCAAGCCUUCACCUCCAUCUCUGCAAGAUGAAGGUCCCACCUCAGGCCCAGAGUCCAUGGCGACAGCCACACCAGGGCCCCUGCAGGCUGGAGGUGGCACCCUGUUAUCCCAGGAUGUUCCCAAGCCUUCUCCAUCUCUGCAAGACGAAGGUCCCACCUCAGGCCCAGAAGCCGUGGCUGAGACCGCGCCAGGGUCCCACGAGGAUGAAGGGGGCGUCUGCUUACCCCAGGACUGCACUGCGGCUGCGCUUCCACCCCUGGAAGACGAAAAUCCCACCUUGGGCCCAGAGGUCAUGGCUGUAGCCAGGUCAGGCCCCCUGCAGGCUAAACAGGGCAUCUCGUUCCACCAGGACCCUCCUGAAUCUUCUCCUCCGGCUCUGCAAGACGAACAUUCCACCGCAGGCCUGGAGACAGUGGCUGUGGCCACACCAGGGGCCCAGAAGGCUGAAGUAGGCUACACCCAAGGGACCAAGGCCCUGGCCUCUGUGGCCCAACAGAAAAUAGGUGUGGCCUUACGACGGAGCCCUGUGCUCAAGGAAUGGGCUGCAGUGUUCCCUGGUGACCCAGAGCCUGAGGCCCUGAACCAGGCCCCACAGGAUGGUCCCAAGCCAGUGGCAGAGGCUGUGAUGCCUGGGUCCCUGGGAGAACAGUCAGGGCCCGCCCUGGGCGUGGAGGCCCCCACCCCCCCUAAGGCUGCCCUUGGUCCCAGGGAGAAAGGAGCCUCAGGCCCGCCUACUGCGGAGCAGGAAGCAUGUGUAGAAGCCCAGGUGCCCAAAGGCAAUGGGGCUGAGACCUGCUUGCAUCCAGGGGAGGCCCAGGGGCCGAAGAAUCAGAGGGCUAGGGGUCCCAAGCCACUGACACAGGGACAUGGACCUAGGUCAGCACCCCGAGGUGCAAGGGGAGCUCCCAAGGCCCUUCGUGCCACCUGCCCCGAGGCCAGCCAGGUGUUGCCCCUGAGCCCAGCCAGAGAGGGCAGGGCUCUGGGCAGCACGGCCACCCCAGGGCCCAGGCUCCCUGCAGUUUGGGCUGCAGAGGCCCAGCAAGGCUCCUGUCCAGGGUCCCCAGUCAGGGCUAUGUCCAGGCUGGACGGGGACAGCCCCAAGGAGCCUGCCCCAUCGGCACCACCCUCCCUACGGCUGGAGCCUACACUGGGCAGUGGCCAGCAGCCCCCGGCCACCCCAAGUCUCAGCCCAUCCCCACCACCACUCCCCAGAACCCCGGCCCAGGGCCCACCCAGCGUAUCCCGCAGCAGGCUCCUGGACCCCAACCCCUCUGCUCCUGGUGCCCCUUGCCGACACCAGGACCCCCAGGAAGACUUCAUGGAGGGUGAGGAGCCCCCAGCCUCUCGGGGUCCUCCACUGCUUCGACUGGGAACCCAGCGGGCCGCCGCUGCCUCAGGAACCACACAGCCUCGGGGAGCCAAGCAUCAUGUCAGCCUGGCACCCCAACCCCCCCUCAGCCCCAAGGCGGCUUCCGCAGAUAGCAAAGAGCCAGCCUCGAGGAUCUCAACCCCCUGCCAAGUGCCUCCUCCCUUGGGGCCCCGGGGCCCACGUGGUCCUCAAGGGCUCCCAGCCCCAGAGCAACAAAAGGACGAGGACAGCCUGGAGGAAGAUUUCCCAAGGGCCCCAGGCUCUGGCCAGCACUCGGACAGCCACGGGGAGUCAUCAGCCGAGCCUGACGAGCAGGACCUCUCGGCCCCUCACGCAAAGUGCCCAGCCCAGCCCCCAACGGGCAGCAGUGAGGAGACCAUCGCCAAAGCCAAGCAGAGCCGCAGUGAGAAGAAGGCUCGGAAGGCCAUGUCGAAGCUGGGCCUGCGGCAGAUUCAAGGCGUGACGAGGAUCACCAUCCAGAAGUCCAAGAACAUCCUCUUUGUCAUCGCCAAGCCCGACGUCUUCAAAAGCCCGGCCUCUGACACCUAUGUGGUCUUCGGCGAGGCCAAGAUCGAGGACCUGUCCCAACAAGUGCACAAAGCCGCAGCAGAGAAGUUCAGGGUGCCCUCAGAGUCCUUGGCCCUGGUCCCCGAGGUGGCAUCCCGACCCCGGCUGAGGCCAGAGUUCGAGGAGGAGGAGGAAGAGCAGGUGGAUGAGUCGGGCCUGGAGCUGCGUGACAUCGAGCUGGUGAUGGCACAGGCCAGUGUGUCCAGGGCCAAGGCCGUGCGGGCUCUGAGGGACAACCACAGCGACAUUGUCAACGCCAUCAUGGAGCUGACAAUGUAGCUGCCGCCUGAGCCAGCUCCACCCCGCCCUCCCCAGGGGCGCUGCCACCCAAUAAAUCGCUGUCCGGA